AUGUUCGGCACAAUACCCCGUCUCGUCGCCUCGGCGACCUCCUCCGUUGUCCCUUCGCGAGCCCGUCUCCUCGUGCUCGACGAACUCCGAUGUCGCAUCUUCUCCACGACCUUCAACCCGGAAAACGUUCGUACAGGAUCCAAGAUCCUCAAGGCUCGAUUGAGGGGUCCUUCGAUGAUGGAGUAUUACGGCCAGAGGUAUUCGGGGUGGAAGAAGUUGAAUGCGCAGGUGCCUGGUUUGGCGUUGAGGAACAUUGCAGAGGAACAGAGGUGCGACCUUCUUCGUUCUCGUCAUCAUCAUUACGGUCGACUGACUUUGUGCUUGUUGUGUUCGCGCGCUUCACGCAGGCUGAUCGACCUCGAGGUCAGGAGGAGACGAGGCAAGGUCACACCCAAGAAGGGUGCGUUGGCCUUCUUGGCCUGCAUGUGCGCCUUGCGCCUUGAUCAAUGAACAGGUCAACUAACACCACAUAUUCCCACUCGCACAGGCUUCGGUCGACGAGCAAGCAUGAAGAAGCGAUAA